AUGUCGGACGCACUCUGCACUCGGCUGCAGCAACAAGUAGUUCUCUCCGGUACCGCACCUAGCUCCGAGUCUGUUGAUUUAGAAUGUGUCAUUGUCGACAUCCUCUCACGGCUACCGGCCAGAUCUCUGCUCCGAUUCCGCUGUGUGUGCAAAGCAUGGCGGGCCUUGAUCUCCGAUCCUUACUUCAUCAGAAAGCACCUCAGCCGCAUCAACACCAAGAUCAGCACCAGCUAUUGUCUCCUACUCAAAGAAAAAAUUUUCCGAUGCGCAGAGUAUGAAGAAAUAUUGAAGUGUUUGAGCCAUGAUGGUCCUCUUCCGAGCAGAAGGCUUCAUUUUCCGGUACUUGAUUUUCCGGUCCUCUUCCGCCGAAGGUUUGAUAUUCAUAGUUUUUUUAUCGUUGGCAGUUGCAAUGGCUUGAUAUGUCUAAUGGUUGGUAUUGAUGCUAGAGAAACCUACACCUUUAUGUUAUGGAAUCCUUGUACUGGAGAAUCACAGGUCCUACCACAAACUCCCCUUCAUUCCUUCGAACGAUGUUUCUGGGGGUUCAGUUAUGAUUCAACCACUGAUGAUUACAAAGUAAUACUGGGAAGCUAUAAAUCUGGUUAUGAAUUUGUUGUUGUCUUUAUGCUAAAAGGGGGUUCAUGGAGGAAGCUUGAAAGGCUCAACAAGUAUCACUACUAG